ACGUCUACGGAAGUAACUACAGCAGCUACUAUGUACCGGUUAACUUUUUAUUUUCAAUGAAGCAAUCUAAGUAUGUUUUCGAAAAGUUGGUAUCAAAACUUCUUUUUUUAAUUUAAGACCCUUUACAGACGUAUUCAAAAUACCACUUAUUCAGUAGUUUUUGAAUAAACUGAUAUUUAAUUUAGACCUGUACCCUGAAACGGUUUUUUUAACAGAACUAAUUAACUAAAAUAAUUUAUUGGUGAAGUUCUAAUCAGAGGGUUAUUUAUAUCGGGUGCCAGUUUCACACAACUGUCAAAUGAGUUUUACUAGUAUCUUCUUACCUUAUCUAUGCUACUAUCAUAGAUAAUAGGCUACUAUCUAUGGCGAUGGUAAUCUGAAACGUACAUUAAAAUUAUUGUUAUUGUGCAAGUGCUAGUUAAUGUUAAUUCAUCAAUUAGUUUGUGUAAACGAUUAAUUAUUAAUCAGUUAAUCACGCUUUAAUGCUGUUGUGGAAUAUUUGAAAAUAAGCAUGUCCCUUGUAGCAUAUGAUGAUAGUGAAAGUGAUGAGGAAAAAACUCAGAAUGCAUAUGAAGAAAAGACUUUAAAAUCUAAACAAACAGUAAAAAUCCCGAUUCCCACCAUUAAUUACGAUUCUGAUGAUGAACCUGUUAGUAAGAAGGUAAAAACAAACGAUCAAAAUAAAAAAAGUGGUCUUCUAUCAAUUCUGCCACCACCAAAAGUGCAACCAGGAAAGGUGAUAACACUUAUUCCUAAUGUUGUUAAGAAGAAGUCAACAGUUAUUUCAAAUAAGCGUGCAAAAGAGACAUUGAAUACUAAGGAAAGUGUGAAAGAAACCAAUAGUAGUAGUAGUAGUAGUAGUAGUAAAGUAGAAGAAUCAGAUGAUUCUGAUGAUGAAGUUAUUUCAAACUUUGAUGAAGAAUUGUGGCAAAAAAUAAAUGCUCAGUCCAAACGAAGAACUGCAUUUACUUUACCUGCAAAACAUACAGUUAAUAGUGAUUUAUCCAAUAAUGCUGGAAGUAUGGUCUCUGAUAUUGAGAUUGCUCCCUCAGCAGAAAAACCUUAUGAAGGUCUUGAUAAUGCUGCUUUCAAAGAAUUAGUUGGAAGGGGUAAACAAAAAGCAAUGGAUGUAAACAUCAUUGAUAUACAUGAAGAUGAAAUAAGGCCUGAUAAAGCAGAUUGGUUGAAAUCAUUGACAGACCCAAAUUAUGCUCCUAAGCAAGAGGUUGAAGACGAGGUGAAUGAUACAUGUAAAAGAAAACAUCAUAUUACUUACCUGGCUCAACAGGCUAAGGCUAAUGAACUGGAAUUACAAAAUCAAUGGGCACAAAAUAGGUUUGCAAGAAAACAAACUCAAGCAAAAUAUGGAUUUUAGUACUAAUUUCUGUUAUGUAUAUUUGUAGAAAUUCGUAUGAAUUUGUGAAUUAUUUUGUAAGUACCUAAAUAAUAUUUUUUCCUAAUAA